AUGGAUGUAACCGGUGGCACUAACCCUGGACUCCAUCACUCCGUUCUGGUAGAAGAGGAAGUCCCAGAUGUAAUCGUAGUUAUAGACGGUGGAGGUGGUACGAAGCACCAGCACGUGGUUCUCCAGACCCCCGAAGAAGUUGUAACCCCCCUGGAAGUUACUGUUGAAGUGCCUCCUCAGAGGCAUCCCCGUGGUCAUUUCAAACACACACAAGGCGUUCUUGUAGCGCAUGGGCUUGUCCGUGUCGUAGUAAUGGUGCAGGUCUAGAAAGGUUGCGAUUUCAGGGCAGUCGAUGCCAGGCGCCAGCUCGUAGUCCACGGUGCCCAUGGCCCAGCCGGCGUCAAUGUAUUUGGUCUGCAUGGCGGCGGGGGUGUCACCCGAAUAGAAAGCGAUGGCCUCCUGGAGACUGACCUCGUAGGCGAUGCGCUCUCCAUUGAAGCGCAGGUCGAAGAUCUGGAGACCGGCGGACGAGCGGACACGGAAGGCAAAGGACCAGCCGGCGUAUUCCACAAAGUUCCCAUCCACGUGGUAGCGAGGGCCUUGGGGCUCCACCAGCUUGGGCCCGUGAAUGUUGGUGCGUGUGUUGCUGUGCCCACGGGGAAUGUAAGUGGAGUACAAGUCUUCAUCGUCAUGGUCAGGAAGCUGGACCUUCUCCAGCGUUCCCUUCUCAUAUCGCUCCGCCAGUUCCUCCACGUUGUCAAAGUACUGGCCGUUGUACCACACCUUCUCCACCGUCCAGCGCUCGGGGUCCAGAUCUUUAUGGUUCACCAGGACCUCAAAGCCCACAGGGUGGAUGAAGUAGCCCUCCACGAACUUCUGCAGCAUGAUCCAGGUCCUCCUCUCGCCCGACUCCAAACCACGGGGCGCGAUGUCCGAAAACGUCAGGCAGCGGUCGGUGCAGUUGUGGAAGGAAAAUCCGCCCGUGGUCUCAAACAGGACCUUGUGGACUUUGGCGGUAAUCUUCUGCAAGAUGUCUAUGAUGUGCGAGUACUCCGCCACUGUGAUGGGUCGCGACUCAAACCGAAUGGGCCGGUCUCCCUUGAAAGUCUUCCCUGUGUACGAAGUAGGGAAUGGCAGUGGACUCACAAUGAACUCAGUGAUGUUGGGCUGGGCCUGGUUCCCAAACUGCACCACCACCCUGGCCUGGCGUGUGGGCUUGGCCUGGCCCCGGUCCAGGGCCCUCAGGGCCUCGUGCUUGCGAGGCAGGUGGAGCUCCAUUAGCAGGAUGCUGUUCUUCUUCAGGUCCUUGCCCCGGGCCGCUGUCAGACCCAGCUCUGGCUUGCCUUGCAGGUAGUCCCGGACGUUGCGCAUCUCUCGGGGGGUCAGGUCGGCGAACAUGGAGGCUCCGUGGUGAGCCCACUCCUGGCUACGAGAGGCUUCACAUACUCCCAGAGCAACCAGCAGCACCAGCAGACAGCAGCACCUCAUGGCCAUGUCUAUGGAGACACAACAAGUAGAGAAGACGGUCAGGAAGUAUUGGAGAACGUGCUCUUAUAGUCACCGACAACCCAAUUCUUCCUGUUGAAAUGACCCUUGCACUUGAGUUAUUGAGUCUGACGCUUAUCUAAUAAAAACGCUUGAGUAAACCCUACACUGAUCUUAUAGCGUGCAUCCUCCAUUUCCUCCAGUGCUGAAAAGAGAAACAUACAUACAGUCGUGGUCAAAAGUUUUGAAAAUGACACAAAUACUAAUUUUCACAAAAUCUGCUGCCUCAGUUUUGAUGAUGGCAAUUUGCAUAUACUCCAGAAUGUCAUGAAGAGUGAUCAGUUGAAUUGCAAUUAAUUGCAAAGUCCCUCUUUGCCAUGAAAAUGAACUUAAUCCCCCAAAAAACAUUUCCACUGCAUUUCAGCACUGCCACAAAAGGACCAGCUGCCAUCAUGUCAGUGAAUAUCUCGUUAACACAGGUGAGAGUGUUGACAAGGACACGGCUGGAGAUCACUCUGUCAUGCUGAUUGAGUUAGAAUAACAGACUGGAAGCUUUAAAAGGAAGGUGGUGCUUGAAAUCAUUGUUCUUCCUCUGUUAACCAUGGUUACCUGCAAGGAAACACGUGCCGUCAUCAUUGUUUUGCACAAAAAGGGCUUCACAGGCAAGGAUAUUGCUGCUAGUAAGAUUGCACCUAAAUCAACCAUGUAUCGGAUCAUCAAGAACUUCAAGGAGAGAGGUUCAAUUGUUGUGAAGAAGGCGUAGGGGGCCCAAGAAAGUCCAGCAAGUGCCAGGACCGUCUCCUAAAGUUGAUUCAGCUGCGGGAUCGGGGCACCACCAGUGCAGAGCUUGCUCAGUAAUAGCAGCAGGCAGGUGUGAGUGCAUCUGCACGCACAGUGAGGCGAAUACUUUUGGAGGAUGGCCUGGUGUCAAGAAGGGCAGCAAAGAAGCCACUUCUCUCCAGGAAAAACAGCAGGGACAGACUGAUAUUCUGAAAAAGGUACAGGGAUUUGACUGCUGCGGACUGGGGUAAAGUCAUUUUCUCUGAUGAAUCCCCUUUCCGAUUGUUUGGGGCAUCCGGAAAACACCUUGUCCGGAGAAGACAAGGUGAGUGCUACCAUCAGUCCUGUGACAUGCCAACAGUAAAGCAUCCUGAGACCAUUCAUGUGUGGGGCUCACUCACAAUUAUGCCUAAGAACACAGCCAUGAAUAAAGAAUGGUACCAACACAUCCUCCGAGAGCAACUUCUCCCAACCAUCCAAGAACAGUUUGGUGACGACCAAUGCCUUUUCCAGCAUGAUGGAGCACCUUGCCAUAAGGCAAAAGUGAUAACUAAGUGGCUCGGGGAACAAAACAUCAACAUUUUGGGUCCAUGGCCAGGAAACUCCCCAGACCUUAAUCCCAUUGAGAACUUGUGGUCGAUCCUCAAGAGGCGGGUGGACAAACAAAACCCCACAAAUUCUGACAAACUCCAAGCAUUGAUUAUGCAAGAAUAGGCUGCCACCUGUCAGGAUGUGCCCCAGAAGUUAAUUGACAGCAUGCCAGGGCGGAUUGCAGAGGUCUUGAAAAAGAAGGGUCAACACUGCAAAUAUUGACUCUUUGCAUAAACUUAAUGUAAUUGUCAAUAAAAGCCUUUGACACUUAUGGAAUGCUUGUAAUUAUACUUCAGUAUACCAUAGAAACAUCUGACAAAAAUAUCUCAUAACACUGAAGCAGCGAACUUUGUGAAGACCAAUACUUGUGUCAUUCUCAAAACUUUUGACCAUGACUGUACUGUAGCAUAUCUGGCAUCCAGAUUGGGACACAUUCCCCCCACCCCCAUUAUCUUCCCCGCACCCCCCGUUCUCUUCCCCCCACCUCCCGUUCUCUUCCCCCCACCCCCCGUUCUCUUCCCCCCCACCCCCGUUAUCUUCCCCCCACCUUCCGUUCUCUUCCCCCCACCCCCGUUCUCUUCCCCCCACCCCCCGUUCUCUUCCCCACCCUUGUUCUCUUCCCCCACCCCCCGUUCUCUUCCCUCCACUUCCCGUUCUCUUCCUCCACUCCCGUUCUCCCUCCCCCCCUCCGCCACCCCCGCUUCUCUUCCCCACCCACCGUUCUCGUCCUCCACCCCCGUUCUCUUCCCCCCACCCCGUUUUCUUCCCCCCCCCCCCUUUCUCUCCCCCUCCCUUCUCUCACCUCCCGUUCUCUUCCCACUUCUCUUCCCCAACCCCCGUUCUCCCCCCAUACGUCUCUUCCCCCCGCCCCUUCCCCACCACCCUUCUUCCCCCCCUCCCGUUAUCCCGUUCCCCACCCCCCCCCUUCUCUUCCCCACCCCCGAUUCUCUUCCAAGCCACCCCCCGUCUCCCCCCACCCCGUUCUAUCCCCCCACUCCGUUCUUUUCCUCCACUCCCGAUCUCUCCCCACCUACCCGUUUCUUCACCCCACCUCCUGCUUCUCUUCCCCCACCCCGGUUCUCGUCCCCCCACCCCCCAUUCUCUUCCCCCACCCGUUCUCUUCCCCCACCCCGUUCUCUUCCCCCCCCACCCCCCGGUCUGCUUCCCCCCAUUCUCUUCCCCCCACCUCCCGUUCUCUUCCCCCCACCCCCCGUUCUCUCCACAGCUGGAAAAGCAAACCUCUUCCUUCUCAUGCUCCCCCUCCUCCCCCUUUCUUUACCACUCUUCUUUCUACUCCCUCUGGUCUUCUAACAGUAUGGAUUAGUUUCCAUGCAGUGGGGAUCUUCGGACAAUGUUUCCUUUCCGCCCCUCUCUGUUUAUAUUGCAAGUGUAUCGACACCUGCCAAGUCUGUUCUGUUCUCAGCAGCACACCAAUGGGUCCUCACUUGAAUCUGGGACUUAUGUGUUACAGAUUGCCUCUUUCAAACAGUUUGAUUUUAUAACAUGCUUAUGUAACCCUAUUUAUGUAAUAUUGGGAUGUGCUGCAAUGAGGCAGAACACGAAAAGCAUGCAAAUCAGAGCACUGUUGGCAAUGCACGCCUUUGUAACAAAGAAACUGACCUACCUACGGUAUGCACUUCAAACGUUGAAGGGUACUCCUGUUUCCAGCCCUGAGUGAAACAAUGUUCCUUUGUCCAGAACCAGAACAGCCCAAGCAGUUGUAUCCUUCCCUUUGCAGUUCCAAUGGAAGAGACGUAGUAUGAAAACAGGGCUCAAUGAGCAGCUGCUUAUAUUGAACCUUCAACUUGGCAGCGACGGAACAGGAUUGGUCACCGAGGGGUUGUAAAAGUGUUGAAAUCUCAGGUCUAUUGUAUAGAUCAUUAAUCCCACACAUCUGCAUUGAGAGUGGCUUGCAGACAAUUUGAGCAACAAGAGGUUUUGAAAUGAUUUGAUUAGUGUAGUAUGCUGACAAUUUACUUAAUGGGUCAACUAUUUAUCCUGACAGAAGAUAGUGGUUCAGUGCACAUGAGUAAUGUUCCCCUAACACACAGGAGGUCUGAAAUAAUAUAUUUCUCAUACGGAGUCUGGAAAAUGAAAGUAAUUUUCACUGUAAGCGCAUAAGGGAUUAUUUGACCCACAAUAGGUGAGUCCCCCCAAAGGAAAUUAAUCUGUCUAUUUUAUGGUACUCCCCACCCACAGGGAAAUGCUUUGGUAUUGUAAAUCUCCUGGACACAUACAACAUUGUGCCAGUUUUUCUGUUUACUUUGAACUGGUCAGUCUACCUAGCCCUGAAAGGUUUCAAAGGAUGUGCAUAUUACUCCUAAAGAAUCAUGCAAGAUAUUGCCAACAUGAUAUUGGUGAACACAAACAUACAGCAUCCUAUACCUUCUAGAAAACCAUCCAGGGGAGCACACUGUGUUGUCUCUGUUCCUCAGCAACACAUCUACUCUAACCCUAUACUUAUCUCAUAGAAAACCUGUGGACAUCAUAUGAAGUCCUCAAAGUAAUUUGCAACUUCAGUCCGUGGAGGAAAAUACAAGAUUAUCAGUGUCUAUAGAAUUGACAUGCCAUUAUACGGCACAGUAUGUGUUUGCAGUGUUUAUUGGUGCCUGGAUUGGCACCAAACUAGUAUUUACAUACCUAGUUUUGCUUUUGUAAGUUAUAGCGUUGCAUGACUUUGUGAACUUGCCAUCACGGGCCCCCUCAUUAUGGUGAGGACUAUACAGCUAUGAACAGAAUUGACUUUUCGUAGCAGGUUAGGAAAACAUAUGCAGCAGGUUAGGAUGAUUAACAUAGCAGGUUAGGAUAAUUACAUUAAGGUUAGGAACAUGGUUAGAGUUAGGGUUUGUUAAAAUGCUAAAAUCCUCCUCGAAACUACUCAAAAAUGAAGAUUUUGACGAUUUACACUACUGUUCAAAAGUUUGAGGUCACUUAGAAAUGUCCUUGUUUUCGAAAGAAAAGCAUUUUUUUGUCCAUAUUCAAAUAAUGAUGGACAUAUUUUCAUUAAAAACAUUAUUUUGAAGAAUUUAUUCACACUAUUUCAUCCUUCCACAAGAUAUAGUCCCGACACAAAUAUAGGGUUGCUACCCAAACCAGCUGGUCGUUCGUUCUAUUGGUUCGGUUGCUAGAGACACGACCCAGUCGUUUAGUCUUUUUGUUCUGUAUCUAUGGACACGACCCAGUCGUUCGUUCUAAAUGUUCCAUUGCCAUACUGGCUGGCAACAUUCUUAUCCCUUGCUUACUAGCCAACUACGGCUAACUACCAGUCACGCCAAAAAGCGCAGCCAGAAUAACAGCAAAGUAGCCGCAUUUGCAUUUGUUUAAGCUGUUUUCUAGUGACAUUUAUUGGGAUACAUCCAUAACAAUGAGCUAAAGAGGCGCGAUUUUGCCUGGCAUAGAACAUUUGCUCACUCGUCAGGACACUGUUGUUCAGAGGAGCUAGCCAACAACACAGCUAACACAAUCACUUCAAACUGAAGCUGGAAAGACUGCAAACUAACUGCACUUUGUUUGGUUUUACGUUUUUCAAUGUACAUUUUUAUGUAUAUAUCCAUAAAAAUUAUGCCAGCUGAUUCAUGAUUUCGACUGGCUGAGAAACGCUGCCUGACUGUCUGUCUCGUCCCGACUCCCGACACAUUCAUUACUCUGGGACAGCUGGAGAUCAAAUUUGAAUGUUGAAACAAUGUUGCAAAUGUCGGAGAGACAGACAGCAAGGAUUAUAUAAAUCUCCACUGUUGAAAACUAAAUGUUAGUCUAAAAGAAAUGUGAGAUAAUGUCUAGAUGCUUUUUAUAGUGGAGAUCAAGUUGAUAAAUUGCUUGACAGGGAUGAUGAGUCAGAUGGAACAGAGUAAAUAUGCAUUUUAACAUCCUAGAUUUAGCUGGUGGUAACUUGUGGAAUAGACACCGGCUGGAAUGCGGUUUUAACUAAUCUGCAUUCAGGAUUAGACCCACCCUUUGUAUAACUUUGAUCAUUCGAUUCUCUCUGCUGACCAACUGUAGUAAUGUCUUGGAAGAGACUGUAUUUCUAUUACUGUUUCACGGCAUGCAAUAAACCCUCUGUGGUAAUAAUGUCCUUUAUAAUAUCGAUUAUAUCUGAGAAUAAUAGAAGUCCAAAUGAGUAAUUUAUAAACAGAAGUCAUUGGGGUAGGGAUCACUGUGAAUGAAAAAUAAAUCAUAGUGGCCUGUACAGUGAAAAUGAAAUGACGUGGAAAUCAAAUCAAAUCUAAUUUGAUUGGUCACAUACACAUAUUUAGCAGAUGUUAUUGCGGGUGUAGCGAAAAGCUUGUGUUCCUAGCUCCAACAGUGCAGUAGUAUCUAACAAUUCACAACAAUACACACAAAUCUAAAAGUACAUAAAUUGAAUUAAGAAAUAUAUAAAUUAGGACGAGCAAUGUCAGACUAAAAUACAGUAGAAUAGAAUACAGUAUAUACAUAUGAAAUGAGUAAAGCAGUAUGUAAACAUUAUUAAAGUGACUAGUGUUCCAUUAUUAAAGUGACCAGUGAUUCCAUGUCUAUGGUGCAGGGUUGAGUAACCGGGUGGUAGCCGGCUAGUGAUGGCUAUUUAACAGUCUGAUGGCCUUGAGAUAGAAGCUUCUUUUCAGUCUCUCUGUCCCAGGUUUGAUGCACCUGUACUGACCUCGCCUUCUGGAUGGUAGCAGGGUGAACAGGCCGAGUGGUUGAUGUCCAUGAUGAGUGCUGUAGGUGUCCUGGAGGACAGGCAGUGUGCCCCCGGUGAUGCGUUGGGCAGACCACACCAACCUCUGGAGAGCCCUGUGGUUGCGGGCGGUGCAGUUGCCGUACCAGGCGGUGAUACAGCCCGACAGGAUGCUCAUAUUGUGCAUCUGUAAAAGUUUGUGAAGGGGCCAAGCCACAUUUCUUCAGCCUCCUGAGGUUGAAGAGGAGCUGUUGCGCCUUCUUCACCACACUGUCUGUGUGGGUGGACCAUUUCAGAUUGUCAGUGAUGUGUACGCUGAGGAACUUGAAGCUUUUCACCUUCUCCACUGCGGUCCCGUUGAUGUGGAUGGGGGGAUCCUCCCUCUGCUGUUUCCUGAAGUCCACUACACCAGGGCCCUCACCUCCUCCCUGUAGGCUGACUCAUGAUUGUUGGUAAUCAGGCCUACUACUGUUGUGUCAUCUGCAAAAUUGAUGAUUGAGUUGGAGGCGUGCGUGGCCACGCAGUCAUGGGUGAACAGGGAGUACAGGAGGGGGCUGAGCACGCACCUUUGUGGGGCCCCUGUGUUGAGGAUCAGCGAAGUGGAGGUCUUGUUUCCUACCUUCACCACCUGGGGGCGGCCCGUCAGGAAGUCCAGGACCCAGUUGCACAGGGCGGGGUUGAGACCCAGGGCCCCAAGCUUAAUGAUGAGCUUGGAGGGUACUAUGGUGUUGAAGGCUGAGCAAUAGUCAAUGAACAGCAUUCUUACAUAGGUAUUCCUCUUGUCCAGAUGGGAUAGGGCAGUGUGCAGUGCGAUGGCGAUUGCAUCUUCUGUGGAUCUAUUGGGGCGGUAUGCAAAUUGAAGUGGGUCUAGGGUGUCAGAUAAAGUAGUGGUGAUAUGAUCCUUAACUAGCCUCUCAAAGCACUUCAUGAUGACAGAGGUGAGUGCUACAGGGCGAUAGUCAUUUAGUUCAGUUACAUUUGCUUUCUUGGGUACAGGAACAAUGUUGGACAUCUUGAAGCAAGUGUGGACAGCAGACUGGGAUAGGGAGAGAUUGAAUAUGUCCAUAAACACUCCAGCCAGCUGUGCUGCGCAUGCUCUGAGGACGCGGCUAGGGAUGCCGUCUGGGCCGGCAGCCUUGCGAGGGUUAACACGCUUAAAUAUCUUACUCACUUCGGCCACGGAGAACGAGAGCCCACAGUCCUUGGGAGCGGGCCGCGUCGGUGGCACUGUGUUAACCUCAAAGCGGGUGAAGAAAGUGUUUGGCUUGUCCAGGAGAAAUACGUUGGUGUCCGCAGUGUGGCUGGUUUUCCCUUUGUAAUCUGUGAUUGUCUGUAGACCCUGCCACAUAUGUCUUGUGUCUGAGCUGUUGAAUUGCGACUCCACUUUGUCUCUGUACUGACAUUUUGCCUGUUAGAUUGCCAUACGGAGGGAAUAACUACACUGUUUUUAUUCAACCAUAUUCCAAGUCACCUUGCCAUGGUUCAAUGCGGUGGUUCGCGCUUUCAGUUUUGCGCUAAUGCUGCCAUCUAUCCACGGUUUCUGUUUUGGGUAUGUUUUAAUAGUCACACUGGGAACAACAUCCCCUAUACACCUCCUGAUGAACUCAGUCACUGUGUCCAUGUAUACGUCAAUGUUAUUCACAGAGGCUACCUGGAACAUAUCCCAUGAUAUGACGUGAAAACAAUAAAAUGACGUGGAAACAACGUUGAUUCAACCAGUGUGAGCCCAGUGGGACAUAACACUGGGAGAUAGAUGUCUUAUCUACUUUAUGUUCUGUGGAAACAAAGUAGUUCGUACCGGAACUAGCUGAAUCAAGCAUUUCAUCACAGUCGAUGGAAACCCUGUCUGAGAGUUAACUCAUUUCUUUCUCUCUCUGGUAACUAGUGAAGUGAGUUGAAGGGCUGUGGCCGCGCAUGGAUCCAAAAUGGCUGCCAUGCUCCAGAUGAGCGCUACAGACAGGCAGGGCUUUGGUGGCAGCUGUGUUUGUGUCUCCUUUCUCUGGGGGUCAAAGGGUCAGGCCAGGGAUAUUGGCCGGGCUGAAAGCCCCCCGGCUCCCGGCCAUUGACAUGUUUUAUUAAAUAAACGCCCCUGCCAUCCUUCCCGAAACGCCUCUCUUUAUAGGAUUAGAACCAGCACAAACAUAUCCCUCUAUCAUGGAUGAGGUCUCUCUUUUUUUAUGUACCCCCUCUGUGUCACUCAUUGUCACCCACUUCCCCCUCCUUCCUCCUCCUUCCUCCCUCAGCCCCUAUCCUGCUAUGUCCUGUACCGUUGGACAGGCAGGAGGCCCGAGUGUCACCAUACUUCCGUCUGGUGGCCAAUGGCGGCCCUCCCAGCUGUGACCCUCAGGCUUCUCGGCCAAUGACGUGCUCCUCAGAUGGCACUGUACUCCUCCGUGAAUCAGACGCCGUUUAUAACCCUGUGACAGGGGCACCCGCCGCUCAUAAAGCAACAGAUCCCCUUACUGAGGAUAGACUUUCAGGACCUGACAGAGAGAAAGAAAAUGAAGAUACCUUGAUCUAGGAAAGGGAAGUAAAUCAGUGGUAUACUGUAUUAGGAGCAACAGUCAAAGGAAUACCCACAGGUUAUUGAAGUGCCAAGCUCUACCUAAAACCAGUUAUAUCCAGGUGAGAAUUCUAUUAUUCUACUCAUAGCCUUCAGUUGGCUGUAUUUUAUCCACAGUUGUGAAAUUAUUCUCCUAAAACAUCUUAUUUUUCUUGAGUAACCUGUGCCAUCUCUGCCUAUGCCAAUGUAAACAUUUAUUUGUUGCCUUAGUCACUUAAUAUAAUAAAGGGUUGCACAACCACAGUUUAACAUUUUACUCCUGUAUGUGUGUAAAUAUUGAGAGAUUUGUUUCCUCAGAGGUCUAUUCCAAGGCAUCACAGAGCAGAGAGAGGGAGCAGUAUGUGGGCUCUACUGAUGUCUCUGCUUGGACUGCGUGUGGUGAUGGUGAUGGGGUAAGAACUGACCACCGUAGAGUCUAAGAGAAAGGAAACCCAAUUUAUAUGACUUUACAUCCGUGCUUAACUUGGGACGGAAUAGUCCUCAUAUUUUGUACUGCUUGAGUACCGGCACCUCUUAUACAUGUAGAAUAUUGGCUUAAAAGUAUUGCAGAGUUCCGGCACCUAAAUAUAAACAGUACCAUCACCCAAAAUGAGUAUUGGCACGUUUUUCCAUACAUUUCAAGCGCAGCUUUACAUCAUAGCUUAAUGUAAACAAGGUGCUCAAACUGUUUGUGAAUGGUCUGUAAAGAUUCUAUACAAAGAGGACAGUUGAAGAAACACCAACACUGCCAUUUUAUAUUGCAUUUCUAUGGUCCGCUAAACUAUAUAUCUAUUGCGAGGGGUUUUUCUGCCGACAAGUUAAUCAUAUUUACAAAUCAGCAUGUAUAAAAGAUGCAGUGAAAUGCUUGAGCGAUAGCUCCCUCAACAUUGCAGUAAAAUAAUAAAUAAUAACAAAGUUAAAUUAAUAAAAAAGUAUAAUUAGAAGGUAGUAUGCAAAUGUCACGCCCUGGCUCUGGGACUCUGUUAUGAUGAGCCAGGGUGUGUUGUUUCUAUGUGUUUUGUUUCUAGGUUCUUUAUCUAGUUAUUUGUUUCUAUGUUGGCCGGUGUGGUUCUCAAUCAGAGGCAACGUGAAUCAGCUGUUGCUUGUUGUCUCUGAUUGGGAACCAUACUUAGGCAGACUGUUUGGCCACAGAGUUUGGUGGUAUCUUGUUCUGUUUGGUUUGUGUAACCGUAGGACUUCACGUUUCGUAUCGUUUGUUGUUUUGUUCGUUGUGUUGUACAUUCAAUAAAUAUUAUGUACGCAUAUCACGCUGCGCCUUGGCCCGCUUCUUCUCAAGACGAUCGUGACAGCAAAGUGAUAAACUGACAUGUAAACAAUAGGAUAUACAGUUUAGAUUAUAGAGCAUAGGAUAGGAUGAACUUUAAUGUCCUCGAGGGGAAAAUUGUCUUAGACACCCAGUUCUGCUGUAUACAAAAUAGACAAUGUACAUUACACACUCAACAUAAUACAUACAUUGGACGUGUGAUGGACAUUUUAAUGUUGGUGCUUUCCUAUUCUAUACAUUUCUAUAUUCUAUUUAUGUGCUGUUCUAAUAACCAAUUUCUGUGUUCAUGCAAGUGACUGAUCGGACGAAUCCUCACUUAUCAGUAUCUGCAAUUUGGCAGUACGCCCAGACCUUGUUUUUAGAACGUGAGGAGAAAGAUAUUUCAGUUUCAAGGUCUCAGCUUAGAGAGAAGAAGCCUCGUGAGGUAUUGGUCUGUCACAUGUUAUGAACCAGUAUUGGUCGGUCACAUGGAUGAAACAAAAUGGUAAUGAUUAAUGAAUUAUGCUAAAUCAUGCAAAUACAACUUGUCUGUAUAUAGCCGUAUAUAAGACAACUGCUGGGACUGCCCCAGGGUAGCUUCUGACAGACAUGUGUACUAUGGUGCAUUGAGUUGGUUGGAACCUGUCACGAAUGCUGAUGUGGAUGCGGUGGUGGAGUCAAACGCAGGACACAGAGGAAUAAGUCAAAACAACUUUACUAUAACCUCGAAAGGUACAUACAAAAUAAACGGCCUCAAAAUACACUAGAGGUGAAACAAAUACGCAAGUGCGUAAAACCAACACGAAGAGCCAAGGUACCGAACCUAUACAUCCAUGACAGGCGGACAAUAACACACAAAAUACAAACAUAACAUAGGGGAACUUAUAGGUGACAUAAUCAAUACAGAAUACGAAACAGGUGCACUAACUAGACAUGACAAAACAAACAUCGAAAACAUCAAACGGUAGUAGCUAGUACUCCGGGAACGAUGAACGCCGAAGCCUGCCCGAGCAAGGAGGAGGAGCAGCCUCGGCGGCAUCCGUGACAGUACCCCCCCCCCCCCUUGACGCGCGGCUCCAGCCGUGCGCCGGCCCCGGCCUCAGGGACGGCCAGGAGGACGCGGAGCAGGGCGCGUGGGAUGACUCCGGUAGAACUCCGUCAGGAGGGAGGGAUCUAAAAUGUCCCUCCUAGGCACCCAGCACCGUUCCUCCAGACCGUACCCCUCCCACUCCACGAGAUACUGCAGACCCCCCAUCCGACGUCUCGAAUCCACGAUGGACCGGACUGAGUACGCCGGAGCCCCCUCGAUGUCCAGUGGGGGCGGAGGAGUCUCCCGUAUCUCAUUGUCCUGGAGUGGACCAGCUACCACCGGCCUGAGGAGAGACACAUGGAACGAGGGGUUAAUGUGAUAAUCAUUAGGCAGUUGUAACCUGUAACAUACCUCGUUCAAUCUCCUCAGGACUUUAAAUGGCCCCACAAACCGCCGACCCAGCUUCCGGCAGGGCAGGCGAAGGGGCAGGUUUUGAGUCGAGAGCCAGACUCGAUCUCCAGGUGCGUACACUGGACCCUCACUGCGGUGGAGAUCGGUGCUCGCCCUCUGCCUACGGAUAGCCCGCUGCAGAUGUACAUGCGCAGCGUUCCAUGUCUCCUCCGAGCGCCGAAACCACUCAUCCACCGCAGGAGCCUCGAUCUGGCUCUGAUGCCAUGGUGCCAGAACCGGCUGAUACCCCAACACACACUGGAAAGGGGUCAGAUUAGUAGAGGAAUGGCGAAGAGAAUUCUGGGCAAUCUCCGCCCAGGGGAUAUACCCCGACCACUCCUCCUGCCGGUCCUGGCAAUAUGAUCUCAGAAACCUACCCACAUCCUGGUUCACUCUCUCCACCUGCCCAUUACUCUCAGGGUGGAAACCCGAGGUAAGGCUAACCGAGACCCCCAAGCGUUCCAUGAACGCCCUCCAGACUCUAGAGGUGAAUUGGGGACCCCGAUCAGACACUAUAUCCUCGGGUACCCCGUAGUGCCGGAAGACGUGGGUAAACAAAGCCUCAGCAGUCUGUAGGGCAGUAGGGAGACCCAGCAUUGGGAUGAGACGACAGGCUUUAGAGAACCGAUCCACAACGACCAGAAAGGUGGUAUUCCCCUGGGAGGGGGGAAGGUCCGUGACAAAGUCUACCGAGAGGUGAGACCACGGCCGUUGUGGAACGGGAAGGGGUUGUAACUUCCCCCUGGGCAGGUGUCUAGGCGCCUUACACUGAGCGCACACCGAGCAGGAGGAGACAUAAACCCUCACGUCCUUAGCCAAUGUUGGCCACCAGUAGUUUUCGAUAAGACAGUGCACUGUCCGGCCAAUACCAGGAUGUCCAGAGGAGGGUGACGUAUGAGCCCAAUAUAUGAGACGAUCCCGAAUCUCGAGCGGAACGUACGUCCGCCCCACUGGACACUCUGGAGGAGUAGGGUCAGUGCGUAACGCCCGCUCGAUUUCCGUAUCGACCUCCCACACCACCGGCGCCACCAGACAAGACUCCGGCAGUAUGGGAGUGGGCUCAAUGGACCUCUCCUCUGUGUCAUAUCGCCGGGACAGGGCGUCUGCCUUACCGUUCUGGGACCCUGGGAUGUAAGUGAGCUUAAACACAAACCGGGCCAGAAACAUGGUCCACCUAGCCUGACGAGGGUUCAGUCUCCUAGCUGCCCGGAUGUACUCCAGGUUACGAUGGUCAGUCAGAAUGAGAAAAGGGUGUUGAGCCCCCUCAAGCCAAUGCCUCCACACCUUUAGGGCUUGAACCACGGCUAGCAGCUCCCUGUUCCCCACGUCAUAAUUACGUUCCGCCGGGCUGAGCUUCUUAGAGUAAAAAGUGCAGGGCCAGAGUUUAGGGGGCGUGCCUGAGCGUUGAGACAGUACAGCCCCAAUACCGGCCUCUGACGCGUCCACCUCCACCUGGAACGCUAAAGUGGGAUCCGGAUGCGCCAGCACCGGAGCAGAGGUGAACAGGUCCUUCAGUUUACCAAACGACCUGUCCGCCUCAGCUGACCACUGCAAACGCACCGGGCCCCCCUUCAGCAGGGAGGUGAUGGGAGCUGCUACCUGUCCAAAACCACGGAUAAACCUCCGGUAGUAAUUGUCAAAACCCAAAAACCGCUGCACUUCCUUAACCGUGGUAGGAGUCUGCCAAUUACGCACGGCUGAAACGCGGUCAAUCUCCAUCUCCACCCCUGACGCGGACAAUCGAUGGCCCAGGAAGGAGAUGGACUCCUGGAAAAACAGACAGUUAUCUGCCUUGACAUACAAGUCAUGCUCCAACAGCCUACCCAACACUCGACGCACCAGGGCUACAUGCUCUGCUCGUGUAGAAGAGUAAACUAGUAUGUCGUCAAUAUACAUUACUACACCCUGCCCAUGCAAAUCCCGGAAGAUCUCGUCCACAAAGGAUUGGAAGACUGAAGGAGCAUUCAUUAACCCGUAUGGCAUGACGAGAUACUCAUAGUGACCCGAGGUGGUACUAAAUGCUGUCUUCCAUUCAUCUCCCUCCCUAAUGCGCACCAAGUUGUAGGCGCUCCUGAGAUCCAGUUUUGUGAAGAAACGCGCUCCGUGUAAUGAUUCCGUCAUACUCGCAAUCAGAGGGAGUGGAUACCUGUAUUUCACAGUGAUCUGAUUGAGACUACGGUAAUCAAUACACGGGCGCAACCCUCCAUCCUUCUUCUUCACAAAAAAGAAACUUGAGGAUGCAGGGGAAGUGGAUGGCCGUAUGUAUCCCUGUCUCAGAGACUCGGCUAUGUAUGUCUCCAUAGCCACCUUCUCCUCUUGAGACAGAGGAUACACAUGACUACGUGGAAGUGCAGCGCCUGCCUGGAGGUCUAUUGCACAAUCCCCCUGUCUAUGAGGUGGCAAUCGCGUCGCCCUAGUCUUGCUGAACACGAGUGCCAAAUCCUCAUACUCAGGAGGAAUGUGCAAUGCGGGCAAUUGGUUCGGACUCUCCACCGUGGUCGCCCCUACGGAAACACGUAGACAUCGCCCAACACACUGGUCAGACCACUCCUUGAGAGCCCUCUGUUGCCACAAAAUGGUGGGAUCAUGGGUGAUUAACCAAGGAAGCCCCAACACCACGGGAUACGCAGGAGAGUCGAUCAGAUAUAACUGAAUGAUCUCUUCAUGACCCCCCUGCGCCUUAAUCUUUAGUGGUGCUGUGACCUCCCUAAUCAAACCAGAUCCCAACGGACGGCUAUCUAGGGCAUGAAUAGGGAAAGGCACAUCUACGGGUAGGAGGGGAAUCCCUAACUUAACACAACAUUUACGAUCAAUACAAUUCCCAGCUGCGCCUGAAUCGACUAGCGCCUUAUGCUGGGAAUGAGAUGCAACCUGGGGGAAUACUACAGGUAUACACAGAUGAACAACAGAGAGCUCUGGGUGAGUUGGGCGCCUACUCACCUGGAAUGACUCCCCAGUGCAUGCCCUGUUGCCUCGAUCCCCUGGAGGCCCUCCCCAGCACCGAACCUCAGUGUGUCCUCUACGGCCACAGUUGGUGCAGGGGAUGACCUCCCUCCGGAUCUCUCUCCUCUUCUCUCUAGCGCCAGCACCCCCGAGCUUCAUAGGGCUCGGCUCGGAGGUGCUGGGGGAUGGAAUGGACGGCCCCAACUCCGGACGUCCGCGGGUAGCCAGCAGGGUAUCCAGACGGAUUGACAUGUCCACCAACUGGUCGAAGGUUAGAUUGGUGUCCCUGCAGGCCAACUCUCGUCGAACGUCCUCUCGCAGGCUGCACCGAUAGUGGUCGAUGAGGGCCCUCUCAUUCCACCCCGCAUCCGCCGCUAGAGUCCGGAAGUCCAGGGCGAACUCCUGUGCGCUCCUCUUCCCCUGUCGGAGGUGGAACAGACGCUCCCCCGCCGCUUUACCCUCUGGGGGGUGAUCAAACACAGCCCUGAAGCGGCGGGAGAACUCCGCGUAGCUGAUGGUGGCGGCGUCUAUUCCCCUCCAUUCGGCAUUGGCCCACUCCAAGGCCUUGCCGGAGAGACAGGAGAUGAGGGUGGAAACGCUCUCGUAUCCCGAGGGCGCCGGGUGUAUGGUUGCCAGGUAGAGUUCCACCUGAAGGAGGAACCCCUGACACCCGGCUGCGGUGCCAUCAUAUGCCCUCGGGAGCGAGAGCCGAAUACCACUGGACUCCAGAGCUGGUAUGAUGGGGCUGGCCGAUGGUGGUGGUAAGGUAGGAGGAGGUGUGGGCAGGCCUUCUCUUUCCCAUCGGCGCAGAGUGUCCAUGACGCCUUGCAUGGCGGAGCCGAGUCGCUGGAUCAUGGCGUCCUGGCUGCUGACCCGAUCCUCCAGUGACUCGGUCACCGCCGCUGCUCCUGCUGACUCCAUAGUUGGUGUGUUAUUCUGUCACGAAUGCUGAUGUGGAUGCGGUGGUGGAGUCAAACGCAGGACACAGAGGAAUAAGUCAAAACGACUUUACUAUAACCUCGAAAGGUACACACAAAAUAAACGGCCUCAAAAUACACUAGAGGCGAAACAAAUACGCAAGUGCGUAAAACCAACACGAAGAGCCAAGGUACCGAACCUAUACAUCCAUGACAGGCGGACAAUAACACACAAAAUACAAACAUAACAUAGGGGAACUUAUAGGUGACAUAAUCAAUACAGAAUACAGGUGCACUAACUAGACAUGACAAAACAAACAUCGAAAACAUCAAACGGUAGUAGCUAGUACUCCGGGGACGACGAACGCCGAAGCUUGCCCGAGCAAGGAGGAGGAGCAGCAGCCUCGGCAGCAUCCGUGACAGAACCUCUCCAGCACACUGACAAAUAAACUAUGAUUCAUUUAAGAUUGACUUUGAGUGUCCCUGUGUAAGAAUUUCCACAACACACGUUUCCCAAUAUACACAUUCUCCACUUCUCAUAUAGCCAUAUACAUAAUACACAUUGCACAUUUCCCUUACAUUCAGUCAGUGACGUACUAACACAGCUCAGCAUUACUUAUUGCUGUUCAGGUAUUUGAUGGACAUGGGAAUGAAUUAUGCUUAUAGGGCCCCGUGUAGCUCAGUUGGUAGAGCAUGGCGCUUGCAACGCCAGGGUUGUGGGUUCGUUUCCCACGGGGGGCCAGUAUGAAAAUGUAUGCACUCACUAACUGCCGCUCUGGAUAUGAGCGUCUGCUAAAUUACUAAAAUGUAAAAAAGAAAAUGUAAAUUCCUGUUCAGUUUACAUGUGGGGACCCUAUAGCGUCUGCCUGAGGGGAGGAGCUGAUAGCCUACUCAGAGUGAAGCACAUGGGAGGGGUCUGAAAUAAGUUUCUGUGCUUGUCUGAUAACGGUCUGUUCAGAAAUAGUCUGCAGGGAGGGAUGCCGCCUCACACCCAUGACCUUCAUGGCAGUUUGUGUCAGGUGGGCAAUCUGAGAUUUUAGUUGGACUGAUAAAUUGCCAAGCCAGACUGUGAUGCCGAAUCUCAGGAUAAUCUCUAUGACCGCAUUGUAGAAAGGGAGCAUUAUUUUCUGGUCAACUCCGAAAACUCUGAGUCUAUGUAGGAAAUAGAGGUGUUGUUGGACUCUGGUGCAGACACUCUACUUGGACCUUCCAGCUAAGCACACCAUCCAGCUAAGCACAAGCAUGGCGCUUGCAAUGCCAGGAAGGUGGGUUCGAUUCCCGGGACCACCCAUAUGUAAAAACAUAUAUGCAUUCAUGACUCUGUCGCUUUGGAUAAAAGUGUCUGCUAAAUGGCAUCUAUUAUUGUAUUAUAUUAUUCACUUAAUUUCAUGUUGUUUAUCACCACUCCAGGCACUGGUGUGAACACACAGUGGAGGAAAGAGUGGACCGGAUCAUUUCCCCCCGUCUUCAGCGUGAGGUGGACUGUUCCAAGGUGUACCAAUUCAACACGCAGGACUGGAUGCUGGAUGUGGACAGGAUGCGCCACAAGCACGGGGGGGAUGACGGCAUUGCACUGUACUACAAACAACUGGGUCGCAAGGCUGUCUGCUUCAUAUACAAGUGAGGAGUUGAUUACUAUGACUCCAAAAUGUAUUAUGACUCCAAAAUGUUAAAUAAUGAUAUGAAAGCUGCAAUGACUUGAAUGUAUAAGAACAAAAUGAAGAUGCAAGUUAUUGAGUGUAUUUUGUGUUGCCUUGUGUAGUUUGUAAUACUAUGUACUGUAUGUGUUUUGAGCAGACCCCCUGAGAUGGAGACCCAGCGGGUGAAUAAGACAGUGAGGGGGUGCUGCGAAGGCUGGGGAGGACCGCGCUGUUCACAGGGUAAUAACAACUUACUAUACAGUAGUACCAUUCACUUUCUAUUGAUGCUAUAUGUGUCCAUCUUAAUGAUCACACUGGCUAUUAGUAGACUUUUGACAACAGGAGGGAGUAAAAAAUUGACUGCAUAUUGAGAAGAAUUUAACAUAUUUCCUCAUCAUUCUGUCUGACUAGCUCUCUUUCUCUCUCUCACACUGUCCCCUGUCUCUGGUCCAGGCGUGGGUGUGCGGGGCCAGUGCUACUCCACAUGGAGCUGCGAGGACUUCCCAGGGGUGCACAACUCCUCUCUGAUGCCCAUGGAGCAGUGCUGUGGCAGCCUGUGGGGCCUGAGCUGGAGGAACGCGUCUGACCAGACCUGCCUGUCCUGUACCUACACCCUGCUGACUGGUCAGUGCUGUAGGGCUGUACCACUCCCCACAGCGCCACCCUCUCUACCACUCAUAAUAUUACACUGAUUGAGGACAACAUUUGUUAGUGGUCGAAUUUGACAGAGGGCAGUUGUCUAAUUGAGGACAAAACCCCACUCUAUAUUCUCUAAUGGCUUUGAAUGUCUAAUGUACUUGAUACAGAUCACUCAUUUGGAAUAGGAGGUCUAGACUGUCAGAUGUUUUUCUUGUGGGGUUAAAUGUUGAGGUUCUUGGGAACUUUUACCAGAGGGGAUUGGUUAUAAAUAUGUCUGCCAGUUAAAGACAGGAAGUUAUUCCUGUGUGGCCUUGACAAAGAGCUGCCUUGAGUCAACAUAAUGAUUCACAUGUGAAGAUGAAAAAUAAUUCAUCAAUUCAACACUGACCUCUCCAUUGACCUUUCCUCUAUCCAUUUCUCUUAAUUUCUCUCAAUUUCUCUCCCUUUAGACUCCCAGUCGUCUCCCCUUGUGCGGGGGGGUAAUUUGGGGAGCGCCCGGAACCCCCAGGGCUCGGCCACCUGUCUGAGCUGGGGAGGGGCUCACUAUCGCACCUUUGACAGAAAGCACUUCCAUUUCCAGGGCAGCUGUACGUACGUCCUAGCAUCGUCUACAGAUGGGACAUGGGCUGUGUACAUCAGCACUGUGUGUAACGGUCGAGGAGACUGCAGCAAGGUACAGUAGCUUCCGAUGAGCUGGACUUUUACUUCUUGUUUCUCCACUGUGAUAGCCCAUGUGUGGAGUGUUCUCCCACAAAGUAGCUUGGUGGAUGCUAUAGAAUGUAGAGCUUGAACAAAAAUGCACAAUUUCUGCCACCCAUUUAACAUGUUUCUCUGUAUUUGUGUGUUUGUUGAUUUGUCAUUCUCCCAGGCACUGAGGAUGAUGCUGGGAUUAGACCUGGUUUCUGUUCACCUCAGGAACCUAACAUUAAAUGGAUUGCUAGUUCCUCAAGGAGAACCGCUCUUUCAAAAUGGUAAUUCAAACAUCCCCUAGUCAGAACAGUUGAAAUGCUUGCCUACUCCAUUCCUUUUCUUCUGCCUGUCAAUUCUGAAAUUGUUGCCAAGCAAGCUCACAUUCACAUUCACACAAUACCCCCUGUUUUGUUAGCUAGCAUGUACGAUGACAACUUUCUCUGCUUUCCUUCCCUCCCCUCAUCGUGUCCGUGUACAGGAGUGAGUGUGCAUUGGCUGGGGGACUUUGUGUUUGUGGAGAGCGGUCUGGGGGUGCGAGUGAAGUUCGACAUGGGCAACACCGUGUACCUGACUGUCACCGCAGAACACCUGGCCACCACCAGAGGGCUGUGUGGAGUCUAUAACAACAACGCAGACGGUGAGGGGACCAGACAUGGGCUUCCUAGCUUCCUUUCCUUAUCUCCUUCCCUUCAUGAGUAUUGAACGCACCUUACUGAUCGUAAGGCUAUGAAAAAGUUGGAACACUAGUGACUUUUUCUCUGUGGUCCUUCAACUCUCUUUCCUGUGUCCUCACAGAUGACUUCACCACAGUGACUGGGAGGGUAUCUGAGUACGCUGCCAGUUUUGGGAACUCGUGGCGAGUGCCUGACCAUCAGACUGAGGCACAGUACCAUCUGAAAACUAGGCUAAAUAUAUACAGUAGAGGCUCAGUAGAGCCUUCAGAAAGACUUGAGCUUUGGCUGUUUUAGGCAUUCUAGGUAAUGUAGUUCUCCCAUCCUCCAUGUUUAUCAGGGUUGCAACGACGCAGCAGAGCUAGGCCACAGCUGUGACGUCACAGGGGAUUCUGCUCUGCGCAGGGAGGCAGAGUCAGUGUGUCACCAGCUGCUGGAGAGCCCCUUUGCACAGUGUCACCACAGGGUGAGGAACUCCAACAUGCAGUGGGGAGAACAAGUAUUUGAUACACUGCCGAUUUUGCAGGUUUUCCUACUUACAAAGCAUGUAGAGGUCUGUAAUUUUUAUCAUAGGUACACUUCAACUGUGAGAGACGGAAUCUAAAACAAAAAUCCAGAAAAUCACAUUGUAUGAUUUUAAAGUAAUUAAUUUGCAUUUUAUUGCAUGACAUAAGUAUUUGAUACAUCAGAAAAGCAGAACUUAAUAUUUGGUACAGAAACCUUUGUUUGCAAUUACAGAGAUCAUAUGUUUCAUGUAGGUCUUGACCAGGUUUGCACACACUGCAGCAGGGAUUUUGGCCCACUCCUCCAUACAGACCUUCUCCAGAUCCUUCAGGUUUCGGGGCUGUCGCUGGGCAAUACGGACUUUCAGCUCCCUCCAAAGAUUUUCUAUUGGGUUCAGGUCUGGAGACUGGCUAGGCCACUCCAGGACCUUGAGAUGCUUCUUACGGAGCCACUCCUUAGUUGCCCUGGCUGUGUGUUUCAGAACGUUGUCAUGCUGGAAGACCCAGCCACGACCCAUCUUCAAUGCUCUUACUGAGGAAAGGAGGUUGUUGGCCAAGGUCUCGCGAUACAUGGCCCCAUCCAUCCUCCCCUCAAUACGGUGCAGUCGUCCUGUCCCCUUUGCAGAAAAGCAUCCCCAAAGAAUGAUGUUUCCACCUCCAUGCUUCACGGUUGGGAUGGUGUUCUUGGGGUUGUACUCAUCCUUCUUCUUCCUCCAAACACAGCGAGUGGAGUUUAGACCAAAAAGCUCUAUUUUUGUCUCAUCAGACCACAUGACCUUCUCCCAUUCCUCCUCUGGAUCAUCCAGAUGGUCACUGGCAAACUUCAGAUGGGCCUGGACAUGCGCUGGCUUGAGCAUGGGGACCUUGCGUGCGCUGCAGGAUUUUAAUCCAUGACGGCGUAGUGUGUUACUAAUGGUUUUCUUUGAGACUGUGGUCCCAGCUCUCUUCAGGUCAUUGACCAGGUCCUGCCGUGUAGUUCUGGGCUGAUCCCUCACCUUCCUCAUGACCAUUGAUGCCCCACGAGGUGAGAUCUUGCAUGGAGCCCCAGACCGAGGGUGAUUGACCGUCAUCUUGAACUUCUUCCAUUUUCGAAUAAUUGCGCCAACAGUUGUUGCCUUCUCACCAAGCUGCUUGCCUAUUGUCCUGUAGCCCAUCCCAGCCUUGUGCUGGUCUACAAUUUUAUCCCUGAUGUCCUUACACAGCUCUCUGGUCUUGGCCAUUGUGGAGAGGUUGGAGUCUGUUUGAUUGAGUGUGUGGACAGGUGUCUUUUAUACAGGUAACGAGUUCAAACAGGUGCAGUUAAUACAGGUAAUGAGUGGAGAACAGGAGGGCUUCUUAAAGAAAAACUAACAGGUCUGUGAGACCGGAAUUCUUACUGGUUGGUAGGUGAUCAAAGACUUAUGUAGGGCGGCAGGUAGUAGUGGGUAAGAGCGUUGUGCCAGUAACCGAAAGGUCGCUGGUUCUAAUCCCCGAGCCGACUAGGUGAAAAAUCUGUCGAUGUGCCCUUGAGCAAGGCACUUAAAUCCACCUUUCCAGAAAUAAAUCUCUCACUGUUGCCGCUUGCUACAGACCCCCCUCAGGCCCCAGCUGUGCCCUGGACACCAUAUGUGAAUUGAUCGCCCCCCAUCUAUCCUCAGAGUUCGUACUGCUUGGUGACCUAAAUUGGGAUAUGCUUAACACCCCGGCCAUCCUACAAUCUAAACUAGAUGCCCUCAAUCUCACACAAAUUAUCAACGAACCUACCAGGUACAACCCUAAAUCCGUAAACAUGGGUACCCUCAUAGAUAUCAUCCUGACUAACUUACCCUCUAAAUACACCUCCGCUGUCUUCAACCAGGAUCUCAGCGAUCACUGCCUUAUUGCCUGCGUCCGUAACGGGUCCGCGGUCAAACGACCACCCCUCAUCACUGUCAAACGCUCCCAAAAACACUUCAGCGAGCAGGCCUUCCUAAUUGACCUGGCCCAGGUAUCCUGGAUGGAUAUAGAUCUCAUUCCGUCAGUAGAGGAUGCCUGGUUGUUCUUUAAAAGUAAUUUCCUCUCAAUCUUAAAUAGACAUGCCCCAUUCAAGAAAUACAGAACUAAGAACAGAUAUAGCCCCUGGUUCUCCUCAGACUUGACUGCCCUUGACCAGCACAAAAACAUCCUGUGGCGUACUGCAUUAGCAUCAAAUAGCCCCCGCGAUAUGCAACUUUUCAGGGAAGUUAGGAACCGAUAUACACAAGCAGUUAGGAAAGCAAAGGCUAACUUUUUCAAACAGAAAUUUGCAUCCUGUAGCACUAACUCCAAAAAGUUUUGGGACACUGUAAAGUCCAUGGAAAAUAAGAGCACUUCCUCCCAGCUGCCCACUGCACUGAGGCUAGGAAACACUAUCACCACCGAUAAAUCUACAAUAAUCGAGAAUUUCAACAAGCAUUUUGCUACGGCUGGCCAUGCUUUCCACCUGGCUACCACUACCCCGGCCACCAGCUCUGCACCCUCCGCUGCAACUUUUAUUUAUUUUUUAUUUAUUUCACCUUUAUUUAACCAGGUAAACCAGUUGAGAACAAGUUCUCAUUUACAACUGCGACCUGGCCAAGAUAAAGCAAAGCAGUGCGAUAAAAAAACAACAACACAGAGUUACAUAUGGGGUAAAACAAAACAAAGUCAAAAAUCAAAAAUACAGAAACAGAAAUACAUAUAUAUACAGUGUGUGCAAAUUUAGCAAGUUAUGGAGGUAAGGCAAUAAAAUAGGCUAUAGUGCAAAAUAAUUACAAUUUAGUAUUAACACUGGAAUGAUGUGCAAGAGAUGAUGUGCAAAUAGAGAUACUGGAGUACAAAUGAGCAAAAUAAAUAACAAUAUAGGGAUGAGGUAGUUGGGCGGGCUAAUUUCAGAUGGGCUGUGUACAGGUGCAGUGAUCGGUAAGGUGCUCUGACAACUGAUGCUUAAAGUUAGUGAGGGAGAUAAGUGUCUCCAGCUUCAGAGAUUUUUGCAAUUUGUUCCAGUCAUUGGCAGCAGAGAACUGGAAGGAAUUUCGGCCAAAGGAGGUGUUGGCUUUGGGGAUGACCAGUGAGAUAUACCCGCUGGAGCGCAGACUACGGGUGGGUGUUGCUAUGGUGACCAAUGAGCUAAGAUAAGGCGGGGAUUUGCCUAGCAGUGAUUUAUAGAUGGCCUGGAGCCAGUGGGUUUGGCGACGAAUAUGUAGUGAGGACCAGCCAACAAGAGCGUACAGGUCACAGUGGUGGGUAUUAUAUGGGGCUUUGGAGACAAAACGGAUGGCACUGUGAUAGACAACAUCCAAUUUGCUGAGUAGAGUGUUGGAGGCUAUUUUGUAAAUGACAUCGCCGAAGUCGAGGAUCGGUAGGAUAGUCAGUUUUACGAGGGCAUGUUUGGCAGCAUGAGUGAAGGAGGCUUACCCAUGCCCCCCCCGCUUCUCCUUCACACAAAUCCAGACAGCUGAUGUUCUAAAAGAGCUGCAAAAUCUGGACCCCUACAAAUCAUCUGGGCUAGACAAUCUGGACCCUUUCUUUCUAAAACUAGCCGCCGAAAUUGUCGCAAUCCCUAUUACUAGCCUGUUCAACCUCUCUUUCGUAACGUCUGAGAUACCCAGAGAUUGGAAAGCUGCCGCGGUCAUCCCCCUCUUCAAAGGGGGUGACACUCUAGAUCCAAACUGUUACAGACCCAUAUCCAUCCUGCCCUGCCUUUCAAAAGUUUUUGAAAGCCAAGUCAACAAACAGAUCACCGACCAUUUCGAAUCCCACCGUACCUUCUCCGCUAUGCAAUCCGGUUUCCGAGCUGGUCAUGGGUGCACUUCAGCCACGCUCAAGGUCCUAAACGAUAUUAUAACCGCGAUCGAUAAUAGACAGUACUGUGCAGCCGUUUUCAUUGACCUGGCCAAGUCUUUCGACUCUGUCAACCACCGCAUUCUUAUUGGCAGACUAAAUAGCCUUGGUUUCUCAAAUGACUGCCUCGCCUGGUUCACCAACUACUUCUCAGAUAGAGUUCAAUGUGUCAAAUCGGAGGGCCUGUUGUCUGGACCUAUGGCAGUCUCUAUGGGGGUGCCACAGGGUUCAAUUCUUGGGCCGACUCUUUUCUCUGUGUAUAUCAAUGACGUCGCUCUUGCUGCUGGUGACUCUCAGAUCCACCUCUACGCAGACGACACCAUUUUGUAUACAUCUGGCCCUUCAUUGGACACUGUGUUAACAAACCUCCAAACGAGCUUCAAUUCCAUACAACACUCCUUCAGUAGCCUCCAACUGCUCUUAAACACUAGUAAAACUAAAUGCAUGCUCUUCAACCGAACGCUGCUUGCACCCGCCCACCCGACUAGAAUCACUACUCUAGACGGGUCUGACCUAGAGUAUGUGGACAACUACAAAUAUCUAGGUGUCUGGUUAGACUGUAAACUCUCCUUCCAGACUCACAUUAAGAAUCUCCAAUCCAAAGUUAAAUCUAGAAUCGGUUUCCUAUUUCGCAACAAAGCCUCCUUCACUCAUGCUGCCAAACAUGCCCUCGUAAAACUGACUAUCCUACCGAUCCUUGACUUCGGCGAUGUCAUUUACAAAAUAGCCUCCAACACUCUACUCAGCAAAUUGGAUGUUGUCUAUCACAGUGCCAUCCGUUUUGUCUCCAAAGCCCCAUAUAAUACCCACCACUGUGACCUGUACGCUCUUGUUGGCUGGUCCUCACUACAUAUUCGUCGCCAAACCCACUGGCUCCAGGCCAUCUAUAAAUCACUGCUAGGCAAAUCCCUGCCUUAUCUUAGCUCAUUGGUCACCAUAGCAACACCCACCCGUAGUCUGCGCUCCAGCGGGUAUAUCUCACUGGUCAUCCCCAAAGCCAACACCUCCUUUGGCCGAAAUUCCUUCCAGUUCUCUGCUGCCAAUGACUGGAACAAAUUGCAAAAAUCUCUGAAGCUGGAGACACUUAUCUCCCUCACUAACUUUAAGCAUCAGUUGUCAGAGCACCUUACCGAUCACUGCACCUGUACACAGCCCAUCUGAAAUUAGCCCGCCCAACUACCUCAUCCCUAUAUUGUUAUUUAUUUUGCUCAUUUGUACUCCAGUAUCUCUAUUUGCACAUCAUCUCUUGCACAUCAUUCCAGUGUUAAUACUAAAUUGUAAUUAUUUUGCACUAUAGCCUAUUUUAUUGCCUUACCUCCAUAACUUGCUAAAUUUGCACACACUGUAUAUAUAUGUAUUUCUGUUUCUGUAUUUUUGAUUUUUGACUUUGUUUUGUUUUACCCCAUAUGUAACUCUGUGUUGUUGUUUUUUUAUCGCACUGCUUUGCUUUAUCUUGGCCAGGUCGCAGUUGUAAAUGAGAACUUGUUCUCAACUGGUUUACCUGGUUAAAUAAAGGUGAAAUAAAAAAAUAAAAACUUAACCCUAAUUGCUCCUGUAAGUCGCUCUGGAUAAGAGCGUCUGCUAAAUGACUAAAAAUGUAAAAAUGUUAUGUCAUGCAAUAAAAUGCAAAUUAAUUACUUAAAAAUCAUACAAUGUGAUUUUCUGGAUUUUUGUUUUAGAUUCCGUCUCUCACAGUUGAAGUGUACCUAUGAUAAAAAUUACAGACCUCUACAUGCUUUGUAAGUAGGAAAGCCUGCAAAAUCUGCAGUGUAUCAAAUACAUGCACACACGCACACACAAACACCAACAUACAACUCACUUUCCAUAUUACACAAACAGAUUUCAAUCAAUAGAAUAUCAUAUUCCAGCAAUGGUAUGACAAUGGUAACCAAUAACACUGCUGUGAAACCCAUGACUUUGCCUUUCUGGUCAGGUGGACCCAGCAGCCUACAUUGACACAUGUCUGUACCUGCACUGCAGCCUGGGGACCAGAGACAGAGAGGAGGCCACGUGUGAUACUCUGGCCAGCUAUGCCCGCGAGUGUGCCCAACAACACGUCAUCAUCACCUGGAGGAGCUCAGGACUGUGUGGUAAGGCCCCACAGCCCCCUCCAGACUUCCAGUAUUGGAAAGUACCAGGAAAUACCCAUUGUCUGUUAGGGAUUUACUGUCUCUCUCUCUCUCUCUCUCCCUCUCUCUCUCUCUCUCUCUCUCUCUCCCCCAGGGCGUGUGUGUCCGCGGGGGCAGGUGUUUUCUGACUGCGUGUCCUCCUGCCCACCUAGCUGCUCUUCCCCCCAGCCCCCUGCUUCAGGCCAGUGCAGGGAGGAGUGUGUAGGGGGGUGUGAGUGCCCCCUUGGCCUCUACCUGCACCAGGGGCUCUGCCUGAGGAGGGAUGACUGCCCCUGUUUCCACCGCCGACACACCUACCAGUCAGGAAACACCAUCCAGCAGAGGUGCAACACCUGGUGAGUGGCUGGAAUUACAUGUCCAUUAUUGGAGGUGUCCUAAAAAUGUGGGCAAUCAAUGUUAUUAUUAAAAGCUUAACGUGGUCCUCAUUAAUAUAUUUUCUAUGUCCUCUCAUCCGACCCACCCUCCUUUCAUACCUUUCUCUCUCUCUCUCUCUCUCUCUCUCUCUCUCUCUCUCUCUCUCUCGUCUCUCUCACCCCUCUCUGACAACCCCCCAUUCUUACUUGCUACCUCUAAAACUCAUUCUCUCUCUCUCUCUGUCCCCCCGUCUCAGUGUAUGUCGAGCAGGUGCGUGGCAGUGUUCAGGGGAGAGGUGUGCUGCCCAGUGCAGCCUAAUGGGUGGUCUGCAGGUGUCUACCUUCGACAAGAAGAGGUAUUCUCUGCAGGGAGGGGACUGUGGCUUCACUGCCGUAGAGGUAAGACGCCAUCAGGAACCAUCUCCAUAGUAACUGGAACUAACUGAAAGUUAACCCAUAAGAGUCUAAGCCCUGUCUAAGCCGGGGGAGGGGAGGGGGAGGGUACUACUAAGCUAUAUGGAAUUGUUUAAAGAAGGACAUACCAAAGAUUUUUUCGACUGGCACAAGGGGACCUUCAGACGAGUCUUGUGAGGCCUGUGGGCAUCCUAGAGCAAACCGACAUGUACAUGUUCGUGAGAGUCUCACCUUUGCACAGAGGGGUCAUAUUGGUAUGCAGCCCAAACGGUUCGGACGCUACAGACAGAAGUUGGCAGAUCAGCUGUACUGACUUCAGACGAGACCCAAGACGCAAGUGGGGUUCAAAGAGCAAAACAGAGAACACCAUCGUGUUCGUGAGUCUCAUCUUUCCAUAGAGGGGAAUAAUGGUUUAUAGGCUAAACCGUUCGGACGCUACAGACGAUUUUGUAAGAAGACUGGUUUUCGGGACGUCUCAUGGUCUGACAAACACCGCUCUAGCUCUGUCACCUUUCACUGCAGAUGCGGAAGUGUUACAUAGGUGGAUGCGUUGGAUUGAGGCGCAUCCAAUGCAAAUAAACAAAUAUCUAUAGCUUAAACUGAUGGAUUUCUAUGGGGAUUUGUGUAUUAUGCUAAUUAGUUUUCAGCGAGGGCGUGGACAUCGACCAUAGGGAUUUUCUAACGAGUUAAAGGCACAUUUCUUGUAGAAAGUGCCAAUCAAGAAAUCAUCUGACAUUUUUCCUUUGUCUUAUUACAUAUUGCUCCUUUAGAAUCUGUCAGUAUCAAACCACGAUGGCUCUUGUGAAAAGUCAGGCUUUAGCUGUUAGUUAAGUGGAGACAUCUUAAGCUUUUCUUACUGCAAUUUGUAGAUCACUAAGGCACGUCUAUGUGUCUUUGCUAGUGUGUCUAAGUCUGUUUGUUAGAGGUGAAACAUUUGUUGUGUAUAUGCAGGACUUUGUGUACAGGAAGCUGGUAGUGAACAUUCGAGGUGGAGAGUGUGUGAUGGGUGGCGGACAGGGCUGUCUGAGAGAGAUGUCUGUCACCGCUCUACGCACCACAGUGACCAUCACUGACACAGGUGGGCUGACAGAACUGCAUUGCAUUGGUGUUGUCUGUAAUGUGUUUUUAAUCAGUCAAUCAAUCAACCAAUCAGUUUGAACUGGCUGGCGCAGAGCCCUCUAUGCAGGAAAAAAAAUAUGUGGUACAUUGUUGUCCUGUUCCAGGUGCAGUGACGCUGAAUAGCCAAAGGGAGGCGCUGCCAGUUGGUGACGGCGGACUUGGUGGUGCGGAGGGCCUCAUCCUCCUUCCUGGUGGUACAGGCGUUUGGGGCACAGAUCCUGUGGCAUCUGGACGGGCCCCUGGCCCUCAUCACCUUGCAGCCUGUCUUUGCUCACAAGGUAAAACUCUACCUAGCUCCUACUCUAACUUCAUUCUUUACCGAACCAAGGUCCUGACUCUCUGGUUGUGUUUACACAGGCAGCCCAAUUCUGAUCUGUUGCUCAAUUAUUGGCAAAAUAUCUGAUUGGUCAAAAGACCAAUUAUUGGCAAAAGUUUAGAAUUGGGCUGCCUGUGUAAAUGCAGCCUCUGUGGUGGUAUUUAAUUGAUGUGUGUGUUUUCCCCCAGAUCCGAGGGUUGUGUGGUACAUUGACCUGGAAUCAGCAUGAUGACUUCACCACUCCCGAGGGGGAUGUAGAGAACACUGUCUCCUCCUUCGCUUCUAAGUUCACCACGGGGGACUGUCUCCCUCCCCGGGCGGCCCCGCUGGAUCCCUGUGGCUCCUACAGCCAAAGGAGACAGUACGCAGAGAGUGUCUGCUCUGUCAUACACAGCCCUGUGUUCCAGGUGUGUGUGUGUGUGUGUGUGUGUGUGUGUGUGUGUGUGUGUGUGUGUGUGUGUGUGUGUGUGUGUGUGUGUGUGUGUGUGUGUGUGUGCGUGUGCGUGCGUGCGUGUGUGUGUGUGUGCAUGCGCUGUUCAGUACAAAAGCUAAAUGGUUCAUUUUGAUAGUGUUUAAAUGUAGAGAUCGUUCCAACAAAGAAUGCAUUUCUCCAUCUCUCCUUCUCUGGUCUCUGGAGGCCUGUCAUGAUGUGGUGGAGAGAGAGCCCUACCUGCGUCUGUGUCUGACUGAAGUGUGUGGCUGUGGCCCCCAGAAACCCUGCCAGUGUACCGUCCUCACCGCCUAUGCCCGCCACUGUGCCCAGGAGGGCGUGCCUGUUAGCUGGCGCAACCACACCUUCUGCCGUAACAGCCAAUGUUUAUAUACCUAAUACGCUACACAAUGUUCCAAUGUUAGUAGGAGGUUUAGGAUUAUUAUCAUUAGGAAUAUUGGGGGCACAAUUUGUGUAAUGUCAAAGGUUCUGAAAAUGAUCAGUUAAAUACGCCGAUCAAAUAUGAAAAAAAUACAUGUACGUUUUCAAAUACUCUUCCACUCCCCUCCAGCGGUGCAGUGUUCGGGGGGACAGGUGUACCAGGAGUGUGGUCGGCCAUGCGGUGGUUCCUGUACUGACCUCCGGCAGGGCUGGAGCUGUGAGCAGGGCAACCGGAGCUGCGUGCCAGGCUGCCAGUGCCCUCCAGGCCUGGCACAGGACGACAAGGGCCAAUGUGUGCCCGUCUCCAUGUGCCCAUGCGUGCAGGGGAACAAGCUGUACCAGCCUGGUAGUACCGUCCAUAACAACUGCAACACCUGGUUCGUGCCUAGGGGUCAAGAGUCAAAUGACUUGUUGAAUGCCCUGGUUUUUCAUUUUCCCCACUCAACCCAACAAUGAUCCUGGGCUUUUUAGUAUGUUUCAUCAUCUACUUUUUCUCUCUACUGAAUAUGUUGAAUUGCAACACUUUCUUUUGACAACUACCACUAUGAGACAAAGGGUGACUUGGCUGACCUGGUGUCUACCCGAUCGUUCUUGAGACACCAGAUACAGACUCAAGUAAUAUCCCUAUAAUUCUAAACUUACAGAUAAUAAUAAUAAUAAUAUGCCAUUUAGCAGACGCUUUUAUCCAAAGCGACUUACAGUCAUGCGUGCAUAAUGUUUUUUAGUGUAUGGGUGGUCCCGGGGUUCGAACCCACUACCUUGGCGUUACAAGCGCCGUGCUCUACCACGGCGCUUGAGAGGGAAAAAGAGAUGACUGAAUGAACUUAGUUACCCGGUAGAUUUUUACAAUCUCUGCGAUAAAUGCUGUGUCUCUUUGUGACCGACACGGCAUGUGAAGGCGGCACAGUAUGUGAAAGUCUUUAUCAUCUGAAGCUGGUGAACAGCUCUGAUAAAUGAAAGGUAAGCAUGAGUCAGCAGAAGUUAUCUUUGACCUCAGGGUAGAAGGUCUAAAGCUCUAUGUAGGCCAAAGGCAGAUACAGAAAGACUUUGUCUACCAAUGGAACCAUUGGAAUUUGUAGACGCCGUAGACAUUGUAGAAUAGGUUUGUUGCUGAAAAUUGGAUGAAAACAAACAUUGUGUCAACUGUGUGGUCAUUUAAGCUCUAAUGAGUUAUGGGGGUGAAGGGCCAUUGUUUAAUGCAGUAGUGCAUUCAUUGUGCAAUUUAUUCCCUAACUGGUGACACUUUACCAUAAGGGUCCAUUAAUAAACCUGCGUUCAUGAAUAAAUAGUUAAUUCAUCUUUUAUAAACCUUGAUAUAUGUCUCCAUAUAUGUGAAGGUUUUUUUGCAAGCAGUGGCAUGAUAUGGUACUGUGAUAUGCAAAUGGGUGUACUUCCAAUGUGUUAUCCGUUUGUUCGUCCCUCAUCCAAUCUCAGUGGUGUAAGAGCUCUGAUGAAAUCACUCUAUGGCCUGCUCUCUGCUACGUCAGGAUAGGUUGAUUUCAUUGCAUCUCUUUGCCACAUAACAGCAAGAGUUAACCGGCUGGUGAAUAGCAGUUAUAUAGCCCCGAACAGUAGUCAUUUAUCUGCCGUCCAUGACUCUAACUGACAUUUUAAUUGCCGGGUUGAAUAUAGUGUGGUAAUGUGGAGUUUUAUUCAGCUUUAGGAUUGGCUUAGAUAAUGAAAAUGGUGAUCCCCCCCCCCCCCACACACUUAUUUUUCUUUCUCGCACUCUCUCUGUCUUUAUCUCCACCCCCCCCCCCCCCCCCGCCCUUCUCCCCUCUCUGUAGUGUGUGUGAGCGUGGGGUAUGGAACUGCACAAAGGAGGUGUGUCCAGAGGUAGCCCAUUGUCCAGGUUCUUUGGUCUUCCAUCCACUCUCCUGUCUACUCACCUGCUCCAGUCUGGACGCACCGGGACAGGCAUCCCCUGGACCCCCUCCCUCCCCCUGCCAAGAGCCCAGGGCAGGCUGUGUCUGCCCUCAGGGGACCGUCCUGCUGGUGGGUCCCUCCCUCCUCCUCCUCCCUGGAUGUUUGUCCCUCCCAUCUCAGCACAUACAGAAUGAAGUAGGAAUGUCUUAGCAGUUAAAGAUUACAAUCAAUAACUCCAGACCCACACUAAGCAUUAAAAGUUGUCACCCCUCAUCCAUAGACACAUUUUUUUGGGUGGAGGGGAGGGUAGAUCAGCUUUAAUAUUGUAGAUAGAUUGUGGCUUCUAUCAAUGUAAUUGUCUGCAUCAUUUCCAAUCCCCCAUAUAUUUGCCUGCCACCCCAGGGUGAUCGCUGUGUCCUCCCAGAGAAGUGUCCGUGUCACCAUAACGGUCGACUGUACUACAACAAUGACACAAUCACCAAAGACUGCAACACAUGGUAAGCACCUGGGUUAACAAGUGGUCUAAUGUCCAUUUCCAUGAUGUCUGUUCUGAUCAAGCUAUUACACUAUAUGCAUUGGGAGAAAUCUGCAGGCCUCGAUCCAAAAUGAUUAGAAAACAUUGGCACUAUGGAAUUAGAUGGUACCAAUAUUUCUCAUGAAUUUCAUAUUGAAGCUUAAAAAUGAAACCCGAUCUAAAUGCACAUCAGUGUCUUUAACUCCUCAUUGCCUGGGAUUUGGGCUUUCCUUACAGCAUAUGCAAGGAGCGCCGCUGGCACUGCGGCCAGUCCCUAUGUGCGGGGACCUGCGUGGCAACGGGUGACCCUCACUAUGUGACGUUCGACGGACGCUGCUUCUCCUUUCUGGGCGACUGUGA